AUGGGCACGCUGGGCCAGCUCCUGCUGUGGCUGCAGCUCUGCGCGCUCACCCAGGCCGCCUACAAAGUCUGGGUCCCCAACACCGACUUCGAUACCGCCACCAACUGGAGCCAGAACCGGACCCCGUGCGCGGGAGACGCUGUCCGGUUCCCCGCGGACAAGAUGGUGUCAGUCCUGGUGCGGGAGAGUCACGCCAUCUCGGACAUGCUCCUGCCGCUGGACGGGGAGCUGGUCCUGGCCUCGGGAGCGGGGUUCAGCGCGGCAGGCGCCGGCUCGGACCCGGACUGUAACUCAGGCGCCCCCACGGUCUUCCGGAAUCCCGACCGCUUCUCCUGGCUUGACCCGCACCUGUGGCGCUCCGGGGACGAGGCGCGCGGCCUCUUCUCCGUGGACGCCGAGCGCGUGCCCUGCCGCCACGACGACGUCCUCUUCCCGCCCAACGCCUCCUUUCGCGUGGAGCUCGGCUCAGGCGCCAACCCCGCGCGCGUCCACAGCGUGUCGGCCCUGGGCCAGACGUUCACGCGCGACGAGGACCUGGCCGCUUUCCUGACGUCCUCCGCGGGCCGCCUGCGCUUCCACGGGCCUGGCACGCUGCGCUUGGACUCCGAGGUCUGCACCGACCCGUCGGGCUGCAUCUGCGGCAACGCGGAGACGCUGCCGUGGGUCUGCGCGGCCCUGCUCCAGCCGCUGGGCGGUCGCUGUCCCCCUGCCGCUUGCCACAACGCCCUCCGGCCUGAGGGCCACUGCUGCGACCUCUGCGGAGCCAUCCUGUCGUUGACUCACGGUCCCACAUUUGACCUGGAGCGGUACCGAGCGCGGCUGCUGGACAUCUUCGUGGCCCUGCCCCAGAACCAGGGGCUGCAAGUGGCUGUGUCCAAAGUGUCACGCGUGUCCCAGCUGCGCGGGGCGGACACCGAGAUCCAGGUGGUGCUGGCGGAGACCCAGCCCGGGACGAGCGGGGCGGAGCGGCUGGCCCAGGCCCUGGUGGCUGAUGUGGCCGAGCACGGCGAGGCCCUCGGGGUCCUGUCGGCCGCCUUGCGACAGUCGGACGCGCAGGUCGAGGGCGGCUCCACCGCUGGGCAGGACGCGCCGCGAUCUCUUGCCGGGCUCGCGAGCGGCGUGGCGUUCGCCGUGCUGCUGGCGCUCUUGGGGACCCUGCUGCUGCUGUGCCGCACCGGGAGGCUCAGGUGGAGGAGGCCGGAGGAGGCCGCGCCUACAGAGAUGCCUCUCGGUUUCCGCAACCCAGUAUUCGACCUGGCAGACAAGGAGCUGCCGACCAGCCUAGCCUCGAAGGUGGACAGCAGUGCCAGCCACAGCUACUUCGUUAACCCUCUCUUUUUCGGCACCGAGGCCGAGGCCUGA